AUGUCUGUUAAGAAAACUCUUUCAUUAAACGACGGCGAAGUUGUCAAGGUUAAUGAUCCUGUCAACGAGCAGCAGGUUUCGGCAAAACGUAGGCGGUCUGAUCGAUGUUUUUCGUUCAACGAGAUAUCGAUAGAACCAGGAAAAUCACUUAAAGACCUGGAUUCAAACAAGUUCAAGAUUGAUAUCAAGAGAUGGGCUAAGGCUGUUGUGGCAUAUGCACGCCAAGUUAGCAGCAGAUUUGGAAGCACCAGAAGAAGUGGCAGAAUUGGAAGCUCUCGUGAUUCAUCACAGGACUCCAUGUAG